AGAGCGGCUGGGAGCUGGAGGGUCAGAGGUCAUCGGGGCAGCAGCAGGUGCAGCAUGUCCAGGUGGAGCUGGUGACCCUCAGCCCGCCUGGCUCCGCCCCCAACGCCGGCUCCUCCCCCAACACCGGCGUCAUCCGGCGGCGCAUCACCUACUCUGAGACCGACCUGGACACCGUCCCGCUGAGGUGCUACCGCGAGACGGACCUGGACCAGGUGAUGCUGGCGCAGGCGGAGGAGGAGCUAGAGGAAGACUCCGCCUUCGGGAGCAACCGCAGCACGCCGGGAACGCCCGGCUCUGGCGAUAGCCCUACCCAAAACUCCCAGAGGCUGCUGGGAAAGGCCCGGCAGUGGGCGGAGCCUGAUCAGGAAGUAGAGGAGGAGGAGGGCGUGGCCAGCUGGGCAAGCGUCAGGAUGCAGGGAGACAGGAAGAGACAGGAAGACGAACGGGAGUCUGGGCUGCUGACCCGGAGGUCGGAGGUGUGGGACGGCCCCCUCCAGCUGAGGUGGCCCCUCCCCCUUCCCAGCCCCCCCCAGCUGGACUCCUUCAGCCGGCACUUCGAGAGCAUCGUGGAGUCGCACCGCGCCAAGGGACUUCCUUCUCCAGCCUGGACAGCUGGGACCUCCUUCUGAGCCCCGCCCACACCUUCAGCUUCGACCUGUCCACCCUCACGCCCUACAUACAGGCUCAGGGGAGAGAGGGUCCCAGGCAGAAGAUGGACCUGAGUUUCGCUCCACUGGUCGAACCGGUUAUGUCCGGUCUGGACGAGACGUCGCGUUCCGAGACACCGCCCACCGUGCGGGCGGGGCUUAACGGAGGAGGAGGAGCCAAAGAUGACCUCAUCCCCAGAAUGCGUCCCCGGAGGGAGAGGGAGUCAUGGCGACGAGCCAACAGCAGAGACGACGUCCAUAAGGCUGACUCCGCCUCCUCGCUCCAGGGCAGCUCCCGGUCAGUCUCUGCUACCCUGGUGUUAGCAUUAGCAUCGAGCUAAUAGGUUCUAACGGUUAGCAUCAUGCUACAGGAGACUAGCGGUACAGAAGAUAACAGGAUGCUAAGAUGAGUGGUAAGAAUCAUGGUACAUGAUGACAGUGAGGUACAGCCAAUUACCUCCAAGUUAAAGCCAACACCUGCUGGCUGCAGUGGUCCGCCACCAGGUGGUGGUGCUGGCUGCAGCUCCAGCGGUCCGCCACCAGGUGGUGGUGCUGGCUGCAGCUCCAGCGGUCCGCCACCAGGUGGUGGUGCUGGCUGCAGCUCCAGCGGUCCGCCACCAGGUGAUGCUAAAAAGUCACACUGGGAUCUGAGAACGGAUCCGCUCACUAGAGGAGCCUGGAGCCGGCAGUUAGCCCAUCAGCUCUGUCCGAUCUGACAGUCAUAUCAGCAGUAGUUCGAGGGUGUAUCUGUGUUUGCGUGUAUGUGUGUGUGUGUGUGUGUGUGUGUGUGUGUGUGUGUGUGUGUGUGUGUGUGUGUGUGUGUGUGUGUGUGUGUGUGUGUGUGUGUGUGUGUGUGUGUUGGG